AUGCCGAGCAAGACUCCAGACUAUCCAUGGGCCGAAGCGGCAUCUGACAUAUUUACGUUCAAGAGCAAAAACUAUGUACUGUCAGUAGAUUACUACUCCAAGUACAUUGAAGUCACAGAACUCAACGACCUCUCAGCUUUUAGUACCAUCGAAGCCCUAAAAGGACACUUUGAGAGACAUGGUAUUCCAGAAAGGCUGACGACAGACUGUGGCACACAGUAUACAAGCGUAGAAUUUAAGAAUUUUGCAAAAGCCUACAACUUCCAACACGUGUUGAUAAGUCCAAAGCAUCCUAAAUCCUAAGCUAAUCCUAAGCAUUCUAAGCUAAAAAUCGUUAAAUCAUUGUGGAGAAAGAACAAUGACAAGCACAAAGCCCUGUUGGUCUAUCGAGCAACACCACUAGCAGGCAUUGAUCUGUCUCCAUCACAGCUAUGUAUGGGGAGAAGACUGAGAACUAACCUACCAAUAGCACGCAGUUUGUUAGAGCCCAAAGCAUGUAACACAAAUGAUAUAAAGAGACGAAUGCACCAUGCAAAGGAAAAGCAAACCUACUACCAUAACCGCCAUGGGACAAAAGAACUAUCCCCACUGAAACCUGGUGAACAUGUAAGAAUCCGACCAGAACCAGGGUCGAAGCUAUGGAGACAAGCAACUGUGAUCGACCGUCAUUCAUCACCACGGUCGUAUAUUGUAGACACAGGACAACGAAAGCUUAGACGCAACCGAGUAGCCUUAAGAUUAGACCCAGGAAGAUCAGCAGUGGAAGUAGCAGAGAAUGAUUACGGUACCAACGACGAUAUGAGCCACCAAGAAACCCUUGAUAACCCAAACCCGGUAAGCGUACCACCAGCUCAUCACCCACCAGCAGAAACAGCAACGUCCACGGUGAAAGACAAGGAAAUGCCUGUCAAGAGGUCAGGAUCAGAAACUCACCAAACACACUACACUACGAGAAGUGGAAGAAUCAGCAGAAAACCAGCUAAGUUGAACAUUUAA